AUAGCAUUUGCAAAUCAGCUCAAAAUGAAGUAGGUUGAGUUGCAGUUUAACUAACAAUUCAACACCCACUCCAUCAUCAUAGUUUUCUUAUUAUCAUGUCUCCCUUGCAUCCCAAACUAUCCAGAAUCAGAUAUAUAAAUUCAACAUGCAAAUCAUUGUUCGUAGCUUGUUCAUAAAGCCAACACCCGCCUAAUUAUCCUAAUAUAACAAGACUUCAUUUCCCAUAUUGUUUCCAUGUCUUUAAUUCAAACCAAGAGGCUUCAUUUCCUUAUGGAAAGAUUCGCUGUUCUCCCUUUCGGAUUCGGCUGCACUUCUCACUCCAGCGUUGAUCUCGGCGAAGCAACUCAACCACGAAAACCAAAAGUCAGAGCAGCACCACCAAACCCACCACCUCCUGAAUCAACAGAUGAUGGAAGAACACAAGGAAGAUCAGCAGUGAAGAACUCUUUUCAUUUCCUGAGUCAAGGGAAGCAGCACAUAUCUAGUCGGAUGCAGAGAUUGAUCAGAAGCAUCAAAAAUUUCUCUCAAAUAUUUGUUUUCAAGGAAGAAACUGAAGAAAAGGAAACAGAGAUGGAGAUUGGAUUCCCAACGGACGUGAAGCAUGUGACACACAUAGGAUCGGAUGGCUCUACCACUACAAAUAAUAAUCUCAACAAUUUUAAUAGCAUUGCUGCUCCUCCUCCUGAAGUAGUUUCCUUCCCUUCGAUUUCUCUGGAGCAAUUUGAGUUGGUCAUGGCUGCACAGACCACCCACCAACCCCCUCAUAAUCAGAAGCCCCUUGUUGAUCUCAAAUCUUCCCAAGAUCUUAAUUAAUUAGUCAGUUGUUUUGAAGCCAAAGCAAAACUGGCUAUGUUUUCUUUCUUUUUUUGGUUGAUGUUAAAGCCUAUCUCCUCAACUAUUACAGAUUUAUAAGCAUGCCUGUAUGAUUUUGGUGAGGUGGGUUAUGAUCAAUCCACGGAUUGUAUUAUGGAAAAUGAUUGAUGUUA